UGAAGGGCGGUCUGCGGGCGGCGUGUUGUGCCAAUCGGAGCGGUCUGGAGGUCGAGCACGGACACUGCUGUCCCCCCGGAGUCGUCCCAGAGCAUUCCUGGCAAGGGGAGUAAAACACGAACAAUAACCAUCGUGGAAUCAACUGCGGAGACAGGAAGGUCUCUCCCUCUCCCCCUCUCUCUCUCUCUCUCUCCCUCUCCUCUCUCUCUCCCUCCCUCUCUUGGCCUUUGUACCUGCAUUCCUCAGGGGUGGGUCUGAACGGGAGGUGGGAGGAGCAAGGAGCUCAUAGGUGUGCCGGUGCCGGGCCCCUCCCUGGCUGGGCCAUCCCUCAGGGCGUGCGCCCAGGAGGUGUGUGAGUGUGUGUGUGUGUGUGUGGAAUGCAGCAGCCUGCUGCAGUGUGUGACUGACAGAGGGAGAGAGAGGACCUGGCCAGGUGUGAGCUCCUCUCCAGGCUGAGUGGGGCACAGAGGCCGGGACGGGCCGGUGGAGUUUGGGAGGGAGCGCUGCGUAGGGGCGCAGGGCGACCAUGAGCUCGCUGCGGCUGAAAGAGCUGACCCACUCGCACCUGUACAGGCGCAGGCAGGAGAGGCCCGACAGCUUCGGGGGUGGCAUCCCCCGGGACAGUCUGAGCAACAUGGCAAAUGCCCUGGCAAAUGCCAUCUGUGAGCGCUGCAAGAGUGGCUUCGCCCCGGCGGAGAAGAUUGUCAACAGCAACGGGGAGCUGUACCAUGAGCAGUGCUUUGUGUGUGCCCAGUGCUUCCAGCAGUUCCCGGAGGGACUCUUCUAUGAGUUCGAGGGCAGGAAGUACUGCGAGCACGACUUCCAGAUGCUGUUCGCCCCCUGCUGCCACCAGUGCGGGGAGUUCAUCAUUGGCCGCGUGAUCAAGGCCAUGAACAACAGCUGGCACCCCGACUGCUUCUGCUGCGACAUCUGCCAGGCCGUGCUGGCGGACGUGGGCUUCGUGAAGAACGCGGGCAGGCACCUGUGCCGCCCGUGCCAUAACCGGGAGAAGGCCCGGGGUCUGGGCAAGUACAUCUGCCAGAAGUGCCACGCCAUCAUCGAGGAGCAGCCGCUCAUCUUCAAGAACGACCCCUACCACCCCGACCACUUCAACUGCACCAACUGCGGUAAGGAGCUGACGGCCGAUGCCCGUGAGCUGAAGGGGGAGCUCUACUGCCUGCCCUGCCAUGAUAAAAUGGGCGUGCCCAUCUGUGGCGCCUGCAGGAGACCAAUCGAGGGCCGCGUGGUCAACGCCAUGGGGAAGCAGUGGCAUGUGGAGCAUUUUGUGUGUGCUAAGUGUGAGAAACCCUUCCUGGGCCACCGUCACUAUGAGAGGAAGGGACUGGCUUACUGUGAGACGCACUACAACCAGCUCUUUGGAGAUGUUUGCUAUCACUGCAACCGUGUCAUUGAAGGAGACGUGGUGUCGGCUCUGAACAAGGCCUGGUGCGUCAACUGCUUUGCCUGCUCCACCUGCAACACCAAGCUGACUCUCAAGGACAAGUUUGUAGAGAUCGACCUGAAGCCGGUGUGUAAGCACUGCUAUGAGCGAAUGCCGGAGGAGCUGAAGCGCCGGCUGGCUAAGCGCGAACGCGACUCCAAGGAGAAGAAAAAGAAAAUGGCCAUCUGUUUGUAAACUUUUCUUUUCCUUUCCCCCCUCACCACUUCUUUCCAUCCAUUGGAACAAGUUUGUGGAGUUUGACAUGAAACCGGUGUGCAAGAAAUGCUACGAGAAGUUCCCCCUGGAGCUGAAGAAGAGGCUGAAGAAGCUGGCAGAGACGGUGGGCCGCAAGUAGACAUCCACACCUCCAGAGGGCGCCACUGAUCAGCAAGGACCCGCCAAAUACUGAAGUGCUGAUCUGCUAUGAACACGUUUUCCUACACGCUGUGCUUUCCUCAUUUUAGUCGAUGUAUGGCCAAUGUAUGCUGUUUUCAGAAAUUAUUAGAAAAGUCCAGGUCCUCAAUUUCACAAGGGUAGUGAAGGGCUUUCCUCAGCUUAAUAUUAAUGCAAAGCAUUGAAAUGUUGUUUUCUUGUGCGACUUGAUAAGAAAAUGAAGUGUACACAAAAUCAGGUGAUGUUCGCUAAAUUUUUCAUUUUUCUUUGCUUUUGCCAAUAUGAUGGAAACACGCAGAUAUGGACAUCAUAUAUGACCUUACAUGACACUAACACAUCCAUAUCAGUAACUGGUACAUGAAUCUUACUAGUGUGUACAAGUGCAAAGGACAAAAUUACAUCCAAAGAUAAUACAGUAUAUUAUUAUAAUUAUUGUUUCCGUUUCCAAAAUGGAUUGUUACAAUGUAUACAUUUUUUGCAUGGUUUUUUUAUUCAUUUAAUCUUCUUUUGCCUUAUUUUUUAAUAUCUACUAUGCAUAGUGGUCAUUUAUAAUCUCUAUGUGCUGGGCGAUUUUAUAGAAGUGUUUUCUUUGGUGCAGUGUUAUGAGAUUGACAACUGCUGCCUUAAAAUAGAAACAUUGUACAUUAUAACUUGCUUUUCGGUUAAGAGUAUUACCUUUAAUGUUGAAUGAAACAUGGCAAAUGUUUUACACGUAAAUGCAAAUGUUUGUCAAGAUUGGAGAGGAGUCUUAAUAUGAAUGUUUUAAAUGUGGGUGGGGUGGUGGGGUUAACCAAGUAGGAUUACCAGCAGCUAGCCUCCCCCCCUGCUCCCUUUGGUCAAAAUCUUGUAAGCAUCUUUGGGAUAAACAAGUCAAGUUUAAAAUGGCAAGAAUCAAUGCGUUGUUUCAGACAAACACCAAAACACAUUUCAUUUUAUGAUAGUAUUUAACCUUGUGGUUUAUUUUAAAGUAUUUGCAUAUUGUAGGCCUCAAUAAGAACACAUUGUACACAUUCCACAGCCAAGUGUGGUAUACACUUGAUAAAGCAUGAUUCCCUACCAAACAAAAGACGUACCAGAUGCUUGUUUUGUGCACAGUAUGAAUUCACUAUUGCUGAGUCAAUACAGGUUUCUAAAAAAAAAAAAUAUUCUAUAUGUAACUUGAUGCAUGUUUGCAGCUCUUUUUGUUGCAUGGGUUUUUCAUGCAUAUUUCAGUUCAACAUUUACUCAUGCAUUGACCACUGCUUCACUGUAGUUUGUGCCUUUUAUUACACAAACAGUUAAAGUAUCAAAUAAAAGAUUAUCCAUCCCA